AUGGCAAACUCUAUCCCUUCCUCUAGCUCUGACGCUGCAUAUAGUUCCGACAAUGAUACCGAAGUUACGGAUAGCAGUGCUACUACUUAUGCUUAUCUCGCCGAUGACCCUGUGCAUUUCUCUUAUCGGGAUGGUGACCUUACAUGGUCCGGAGCUGUAGGAAUUGAUGGCGGCAUAUCUGGUGGAAAAAUCAAAGGAGAAGAUGUGAUCUGCGUUACUGAGAACGAGGGACCCAAUGGUACUCUGGGCUAUACAAUCUUCAGUCUGCUUCCAACAGAAGGGGGGACUAAAAAACUUCCAUUCGAGUUGAAGACAACAUCUGCCACCAACCUUCCCCAAGAAUGUCUCGAAAGUUAUUUGAUUAGAAGUUUGCCGACAUAUCUUCGUUCCGCAGAAACGCAGAUAUACGUUUUGAUCUCAACGUUGUCUGGGACAGGACUGGCGCCAGACUUUUACGACGCUGUGUUGCACCAGGUUCUCGGAUCUAUCGGAUUGCCGGAAGGAAGCUACACCUUGAUCAGAACAGAUAAUGCAGAUUCCGUAAAGGACUUUGCAAGCUCAACAUUGCUGGAGGGCGCAAAUAAGGGUAAAAAGCAAUCGAUAUUAAUGUUAAGUGGUGAUGGUGGGAUGGUGGAUACAAUAAAUGGAUUGCUUGAGAGAGGAGAAAAAUCAAGGUCGUAUGUAAACCCGACAUUAUCUCAACUUCCUCUUGGGACAGGAAAUGCUCUCUUCCAUUCUUUACAUCGACCUUCUCCGAUCCCGUCAAUAUACAUACAGGGUCUCCGGACUUUACUUCAUGGUACCCCUUUACCGCUUCCAAUAUUCAGUGUGAAAUUCUCUUCUGGGGCACGAACUAUUACGAACGAAGGCCAAACAGAGACACCACUCACAAACAAUAUCGUCUACGGGGCAGUUGUCGCCAGUUAUGGCCUCCACGCAACUCUAGUUGCCGACAGCGACACAGUCGAGUAUAGAAAACAUGGAGACCAGAGGUUUCAUCUGGUAGCUAAUGAUUUAUUGUUUCCAAAAGAUUGGACUCUACCACACGCUUAUAAAGCUUCUGUCACAUUGACUAGAUCCGAUGGUACAGAAGAAGUCAUACAAAGGAAAGAACAUGGAUAUGUUCUCUCAGUACUUGUAUCCAACCUUGAGCGAACUUUUACAAUAUCUCCUGAAAGUAAGCCCUUGGAUGGCCAAUUACGGGUCAUACACUUCGGAGCUGCAACUGGUAAGCAAACAAUGAAGGUUAUGGAAGAGGCAUACAAAGAUGGAAAUCAUAUUGGUAUGCAAUGGGAUGAAGAUGGCCAGAAGGGGGAGGUUGGAUACGAAAGUAUCGAGAAGCUAAGGAUAAAUUUUGAGGAGUCUGGAGAUAGUUUCAAAUGGAGACGAUGUUGUGUAGACGGUUUGAUUGUGGGUGUUGAAGAGGGAGGUUGGAUGGAAGUCGAAAGGUUGAAAGGCGAAGGGACAGUCGAUGUUGUGGUUGAUUUGUGA